AUGACUGGAAUCAAGAAUCUGUUAGUUGAUAUCAAAAACCAUUCUACUAGCUAUGUAACCUUUGGUGAUGGAGCUAAAGGAGAAAUCAAAGGGGUUGGAAAACUAGACUGUUCAGGAGUUCCAAAUCUAGAGGGUGUUUUGUUGGUCAAGGGCUUGACUGCUAAUCUUAUAAGCAUCAGUCAACUCUGUGACGAUGGAUACCAAGUUAACUUCACUAAAGCUGACUACUCAACUGUAUGUUCUAAAGAGAAGAAUACUCGCACUAUUGACAGUGUAAAUGAUGUGGUGGAUAUGGAUAAUCUAGAUGAUCCUAUUGACAUUGCUGAUGAUGAACUCAUUUCUAGCAUCUCUCAUAGAGUCAAGACUCGAAAGGGAAAACAGGUUGGUGAUCAACAUCUUUCCAAAACUAAAACUGCUCCUCAAAAGAACGUCACCAAAGAGAAGAUCAAGAAGGUCCUUACUGAACCUUCAAAAACUGGGAGCAAGGUUGCUGUGAAGAAGAGGAAAGAAAGAAGUGUUUCUGACUCAGAAGACAAUGUCUUAAGUGAUGUCCCUGACAUCCCUUCAAAGAAAAAGCAUGCUGUCACCAAAGCCUCCACAAAUGUUCCUGAUAUUCCCUUGGACAACAUUUAUCUGCACUAUGCUUCAAAUGUUAUCCAAUGGAAGUAUGUUUAUCAGAGAGGACUGGCUCUGGAAAGAGAACUCACAAAUGAUGCUCUUGAAUGUCAAGAAAUCAUGAAGCUCAUCAAAUCUGCAGGUUUGCUUAAAACUGUUACCCAUUUUUCUAAAUGCUAUGAAAUGCUUGUGAAGGAGUUUAUAGUCAAUUUAUCUCAAGAUUGUGCUGAUGGGAAAGCUGAGGAUUUUCAUAAGGUGUAUGUUAGAAGAAAGUGUAUAGAAUUCUCCCCAACUGUUGUUAACCUCUAUCUAGGUAGGGAUGAUGAGGCUCAGCCUGAGCUUGAAGUGACUGAUAAUGAGGUGUGCAAAGUUAUCACUGGUGGUAAGGUUAAGAAAUAUUGA